AUGUCCGACUUUUACACACCAAACCUAUUAUUUAGGCAGAAUGCCAUGAGACAGAGUCCGACUUCUUCACCAAACUCAAGUUCAUUGGAGGUUAAUAUCCCAAGUCCAGCUUCUUGGUUGUACUCUUCAGAUAGUCCAAAAGAUACCGAAAUUACCAACAAAUCAUGCUCAUUGAAUAGAUUGAAUAUCAAAUCCAACUACUGGAAAAUCCCAGACAACAACAUGAAUUUAACUCUGAUAGAUAUAAAAAACCAAUCAGGAAGAGGGUACGAAAUCGAUCCAGUGAUAGCUAUAUCAUCAGGAAAUAAGCUGGCAAACUUAUUCAUUUAUCAGCUAGAUACAGAAGAAAAUUUCUUAACCCACAAUAACACUAUUUCGCUCCCAAACAUACACUCUAUGAAGUGGGUACCUGAUAGUAAUGAAGAUAACUCACUGUUACAAUUAGCAACUGGUAACUCGGGAGGUUAUGCACAUUUGCUUUCAAUUCCUGAUCCAGAUAGCAUCGACGAAAAUGCUGAAAUCAUCAAAAAGUUCAACCAUAAAAAAUAUUUAAAAUCCCAUACUCCUGCUAAAAUUGAAAAGUUAGACUUUUUGACAAAUAACAGCAAUGCAUCCGAGUUAGUGACUUUGUAUCAAGGAAAUUUAUUCAGAUGGGACAUAAACUCUGCUAGAUCCAAACCAGUGAAUAUUUCUACUAUCCGGGGAAUCAGAAAUUUCGACAUUAUUCCCUCCAGCAGUCAGAAUUCCUGUUUCAACUCAACUAUUGCUAUCAGCGGAGAUUUUGGGGUAUCUCUUUUCGACACAAGACAAUCUGAGUUCAGAAUUCCUUCUGCAUACUCAAAUAUACGGAAGGAUAGGAAAGGCUAUAGACUGAUUGGUGCCAACGUGAUCAAGUGGAGUUCCUAUAAUGAGAAUGUUUUCGCCCUGGCACACUUAGAUGGUGUGGUAAGACUUUGGGAUGUGAGAAAGCAAGAGUUUUUUGGCCAAUUGGAUGGUCAUUGUAACAAAUUGGUUACCAGCAUUGAGUGGAAUGAUGAAGAUCUUUUCACAGGUGCCAAGGAUGGGAACAUUAUUCAUUGGGAUCUUUCCAACACUACUGAUGAUCUCUUGAAUUGCUGCUUAAAGGAGGGCUUAAAUAGUAUUCAGUUCAAUCCACACAAGAAUGAGUUGGAGACAAAGGUGAGUCAAAGACAGUGUGGAACAAUUCUUCCUGCUUCCAAUACUAAUAUCAUCGGAAUGGCUUCAAUCCCAGGAGAUAGCGACAAUGAUUGUAAAGUGUUAUCCAUUGACGGUUCAUCUUUCUUUGGAGUCCACUCAAAAAUUUACGAAGCAAUCAACUUGAAAAUUAGUAGCGAAAAGCUAUACUACACCUCCAGCGAUGUGUCAUUAUUGCUCAAGUCCGAAAGAGAUGGCAUUUCAUCUGAUACAUUAGUAGCGGAAGAAGACAGUCAGAAACUGAUAUUAGAGAAUGGAGAGGGAACUAAACCAUUAGAUAUCAGUAGAAACCCUACAAUUAUUACAGUUAGAGAAAAUACUGGCGAACUUGCCAGUAUAUUCGAGUAUGAAGGUGAAACAGAAGCCGAAACAGAAGCAGAUGUUGAAGCAGAAACAGAGGAUGAGCUUAAAGAAGAGAAUGAUGCAAUGGUCGAAAGCGACCUUAAUAGAUACCCCGGCGUCGUGACAAAUACUGAAGAUAUAUAUGAUGGUGAGACGAAAUCAAUUAGCCACUUUUCAAUACUUUCUCCUACUAAUGAAAAUAUGUCUAACGAAACGUUGCUUCAGCAAGGUAGUGAUGUUUCAGAGGAAUUUGAAUUUAGCAAUGAAAUUUCAAGGUAUACAUACAACAGUGAGAACUCUCUCAAUUCAUCGCCAAAUUCUGGAAUACCGGCAGACUUUUCAGAUAACGACUCUCUCUCUACCAAUCUAACAGUUAUCGAGAGAGAGUCUGAGUUGUUUGGAAAGCAUGAACCGUUUGACUUUGAAUUUGACAUAGAACGUUUGAUAGAACUGAGUGACAUAUAG